AUGGCGACCACCCCCUCCAACAAAAUGCGCCCAAAGCCCCAUCUCCCACCCAACCUCCCCUCCCUCGUCGCAACCGCCUUCUCCCGCUCCGUCGCCACCAAAACCGUCAACUUCUACCCCACCUCCGUCACCCUUCUAACCAUCAACUCCAUUCCUUUCCAACUCCGCUACUCGCCCUCCCUAGCCUCAAAACCCAAACCCCCCAGCGUCACAACCCCCAAGCUCUUCUUCAACCCCUUCGCCUCCCCCACACAAGAAAUGCUCAUCACCCCUUUCGGAACGAGCCCCCCAUCGCACAACCUAGUCCUCAACAAAUUCGCCGUCGUCCCCGAGCACUUCAUCCUCUCCACCUCAGCCUUCAAACCCCAAACUCACCUCCUCGAAGCAGACGACUUGGCAGCUGCCUACGCGUGUAUUGAUGCGUACGCCCGGCACAACAAAGAGUUGUUCGUCUUCUUUAAUUCAGGAGACCACAGCGGGGCGAGCCAGCCCCAUCGCCAUCUGCAAUUGCUCCCGGUGGAGAACAUGAAGGAGGGGUUGGAGGGGGAAUGGGAUGUUCUUGCUAAGGGAUUGACAGACCCAAACACAAGGGGGAAGUUACCGUUUGAGGUUUUUGCUAGGGAUAUUGAAGGGUUGGGUGGUGAUGGAGAGGAACUGAGGAGGGUGUAUCUGGAGUUGUACAACCAAGCCUGUGAAGCAGUGUUGGGAGUAGCGGAGGAUAUCAAACACGAGGGCGAAGCGCAGAUAAGUUACAACCUCGCCAUGACAAACAACACAAUGGCGGUGGUGCCGCGGUUGACAGAGGGAGGGGUGGUCAAGGAUAAAGACGGGCAAGAGGUGGGAAACCUAGCGCUCAACGGGACUGUCCUCGCGGGGACGGCGCUGGUAAGGUCAGAGAUGGAGUGGAAUGCCCUGAGAGAGGAUCCAGACCAAGUCAACCAAGUGUUGGGGAGGAUAGGUGUGCCUAACCGGGCCAGGAUGUAA